UGCUCGUGGACCAAUCCCCUCUCUCUCUCUCUCUCUGUCGCUGUUUCCGAUGCUCAACAUUUAAUAAGCUUUAAUGGAAGCUUAUCUCAGUCUCACUCACACAGCAAAAAGGUGGAAAGGAAUUCUCUGUCACACUAAGAUUGUUUUAAUGGCCCUUCUUCCCUUCUCUGUCUCAGCCACAAAUGAGUAGAAGAGAUUGCUGAACUCUUUGAGCUCAUCAAAGUUCGUUCCAUUUUCCCUCCAAAUCAAGAGGGUUUGAAAUACAGGGCCUGAUUGGGCCGCUGGGAGGAGAAAUGGCCGCUGCUGCAGCCACUCGGGCCUUGCAACUCAGUGAGUCAUCUUCACUCUCUGGGUCAUUGAGUUUCUUUGCCGUUCUUGAUGCUGGGGCUGUUAGCUUUCCCGAUGUCAAGCUGGGAUUGCCAAUUUGAGUUGUCCUUUCUUGAUAACUGUUGGGUUUUGCCCCUAAACCAAUCUUAUUGUUGCUGGGGAAUUUUGAGCUGAUUCCUUUCGUUUGUGGAGGAGUUGAACGGGAGUCAAGACUUCGCUUGGUUCGGCUUUUUGCUUGUUUCCCGGUACGAUUAUUGUUGUUUGUGGGUUAUACUGUUUUCCUAGACCAGGUUGCUAGCCGCAGCGGGCAAUUCAGAUGAGGAGAACAAUAUCCGGGCCUCGGUGAUUCAGUGAUUCGACCCGCCAUGAAGACGCACUUGUGCCUUCUACUCCUGGUGUUGGCAACUUUACAGGAGGUGCGACGCUCAUAUGGAGCUGGAACGAUUGUGUCUACGAGACCCGAUGUUGUGAACGUUGGGGCUGUCUUCUCUUUCGGUACGAUGAUAGGCAAGGUCGCCAAAGUUGCCAUAGAAGCUGCGGUCAAUGACGUCAACUCUGACCCGACAGUUCUCAAUGGAACUAAGCUGAAAGUCACGAUGCAGGACACAAACUACAGCGGUUUCCUGGGUAUAGUCGAAGCACUGCAGUUCAUGGAGAGCGACACUGUGGCUAUCAUCGGGCCUCAGACCUCCGUCACAGCUCACGUGAUCUCCCACAUAGCAAACGAGCUCAAAGUCCCCCUGCUGUCAUUCUCGGCUACAGAUCCCACGCUUUCCCCACUUCAGUUCCCAUUCUUCGUAAGGACAUCCCAGAAUGACCUCUUCCAGAUGACUGCGAUUGCAGAAAUGAUCAACUAUUAUGGGUGGAGGGAAGUGAUAGCAAUUUACGUUGAUGAUGACCAUGGCAGGAAUGGGAUUGCGGCCUUAGGGGACAAGCUCGCAGAGAGAAGGUGCAAAAUCUCCUUUAAGGCACCACUGAGGCUUGAAGCAACCCAGGAUGAGAUAACUGAUGCAUUGGUCAAGGUUGCUCUAGAUGAGUCCCGUAUUAUUGUCCUCCAUAGUUAUACUAGUACGGGGCUCGGAAUCCUUAAAGUUGCUCAGUACCUUGGUAUGAUGGGGAAUGGGUAUGUUUGGAUUGCCACGAACUGGCUCUCGACGAUUUUGGAUACGGAUCCCCCGCAUCCGCAGGAUUCCGUGGACUACCUCCAGGGGGUCCUCACUCUGAAAUUACACACGCCCGAUUCAGACAUAAAGAAGAAGUUUUACUCUCGGUGGAGAAAUUUGACUCAAAUGUCGGGUAAUGGGACCUUUGGUUUGAGCACUUACGGGCUGUAUUCUUAUGACACUGUUUGGAUCCUUGCUCGUGCGAUUGAUAGAUUUUUUGAUCGGGGAGGGGUCAUCUCGUUCUCAAAUGAUUCAAGGCUGAGCAAUCUAAAGGGGGGAAGUUUGCAUCUUGAUGCAAUGAGCAUUUUCGAUGGCGGAGAUUUGUUACUCAAUAGCAUUCUCAGGGUGGAUAUGAUUGGUGUGUCAGGUCAGGUCCGCUUCACUCCUGAUCGGAACCUCAUCCACCCGGCAUGUGAUAUCAUCAAUGUUAUGCAGUCAGGAUUUAGGAGAAUUGGGUAUUGGUCAAAUUACUCAGGACUUUCGAUUGUUGCCCCGGAGACACUGUAUAUGAGCCCACCCAACAGGUCAAGCUCAGCCCAGCAGCUGUUUCCGGUGGUUUGGCCCGGAGAGACAACACAAAAGCCCCGGGGUUGGGUCUUCCCUAACAAUGGGAGGCAUCUGAGGAUUGGCGUGCCAAGACGAGUCAGUUACCGAGAGUUCGUGUCACCAUCAGAAGGAGGCUCUGAUCAGUUCACAGGGUAUUGCAUUGACGUGUUCAUCUCAGCUGUUAACCUUUUGCCAUAUGCUGUGCCUUAUAAUUUGAUCCCCUACGGGGAUGGGAAGCAUAACCCUAGCUCCACCAAGCUUGUGGAGCUAAUUACAACUGAUUAUUUUGAUGCUGUGGUGGGUGAUCUAGCAAUUACUAUGGAACGAACAAAGAUGGCUGAUUUCACGCAGCCCUAUAUUGAGUCGGGCCUCGUCGUGGUGGCCCCAGUAAGGCAACAGAACACCAGUGCGUGGGCCUUCCUGAGGCCCUUUACGAGGGAAAUGUGGAUCGUGACAGCCCUCUUCUUCCUCAUAGUGGGAACAGUUGUCUGGAUUUUGGAACAUAGGAUGAACGACGAAUUUCGGGGCCCCCCUAGGAGACAAUUCAUCACAAUCCUCUGGUUUAGCUUUUCGACUUGGUUUUUCGCACAUAGGGAAAACACCGUGAGCGCCCUUGGACGUGUUGUGCUGAUAGUGUGGCUAUUCGUGGUCCUCAUCAUCAACUCGAGCUAUACUGCGAGUCUUACCUCGAUCCUCACAGUCCAACAACUCUCGUCUCCCAUCAAAGGCAUUGAGGACCUGGUACAAAGUGACGACCCAAUUGGGUACCAGGAGGGCUCGUUUGCCCGGACCUACUUGAUCAAAGAGCUUGGGGUUCAUGAAUCAAGGCUUGUUCCUCUUGUCAUGCCUGAGGAUUAUGUGAAGGCCCUCAAGGCUGGGCCACGGGGGGGUGGGGUCGCCGCUGUGGUCGACGAACGUCCUUACAUCGAGCUCUUCCUCUCAACUCGGUGUGAGUUCAGCAUUGUCGGGCAAGAGUUCACCAAAAACGGAUGGGGCUUCGCCUUUCCACGAGACUCGCCACUGGCUGUUGACAUGUCCACAGCCAUCUUGAAGCUCUCUGAGAAUGGAGAUCUCCAGAGGAUUCAUGACAAAUGGCUCAAAAGCAUCGCCUGCACGUCACAGGGAUCGAAACUCCAGGUGGACCGGUUGCAGCUCAAGAGCUUCCGGGGUCUCUUCCUCGUGUGCGGAUUAGCUUGCCUGCUCGCUCUCCUCAUAUACUUGGGGCAGAUGCUCUACCAGUUCAGCCGGCACUGUCCUGAGGAGCUUGACUCUUCCUCCGGGUCGAGCUCCCGGUCCAAGCGGCUACAGACUUUUCUCACAUUUGUGGAUGAGAAGGAAGAAGAAGUGAGAAAGCGCUCCAAGAGGAGGCAGCUGGAGAAAGCUUCCAAUAGAAGCAUGGGAGGAGCUGAAUCAGUGAACGAUUCGAGAGGGAGUCAUAUCGAGUACUCCUCGAACCAAAGCCUCGGAGCUCCGGACAGAGCUUAGGUGAGAUCGCUCGAUGCUCUGGACUUUUACUCUGAUAAUUAUCUUCAUAGAUUUGAUAAGAUAUUUAGUCAAGAUCACCACAGGUGCGGAUCUUCUUCAACUGUGUAAUUUGUAAAGGCAUUCCACGGAGAGCUAUAAUCUAGGCCAUUUAGUGCAAGUCUUAGCCUUCGGACCGUAUCUGUGUAAAUGUGCUCUUCUAAGCAUAUCUAUGUAAAUGCACUCUUGUAAGCAUACCGAUGACCUCCAAUUUCGUGAGGUAAAAUAGAGGUACGACACCACAUGUUUGAUCGGUAGCGAUUUCAUUUCA